AUGCCGUCUGCCCUCGGAAACUCCUUUUGGCUCAAAGAAACUGCGAUGAUUGUGAAUAUUAUCUGUAAUUACACGGACUGUCCUCUCUGUGCUCAGGGAUCCAUCCAGCAGCUGCUCCUCAAGUCUGAUCCCACGGCUCCGGACGACCAGUGCGAAGAGGACGACCCCUAUGCUUCUGGGUUCGGCAGCGGAGACGAUUCUUACGAGGAUCUGGAACGACCUGACGAAGUGAAGAAAGCUGUGGAGGAGCGAGAAUACUCGGAGCUGUACCCAGAGCUGGAGGUCCACAGCACCCCAGUCCCAGCUCCUCCCACUGAGACGUCCAGAGGAGAAGAUGAUGAGGACAGCUACAUGGAGGAGACAUCGGGCCAGGAGCAGGAGACCAGCAGCCCAGUCUCUCCUCUGAGAUCCACUGCUGCCUCCACCACCAACACAUUGGUGCAGACGUCCAGGUCUCCAGGGCUGAAAGGGGAGAGAGGAGACCCAGGACUCCCAGGACCCCUCGGACCCCCUGGACCCUCCUCAAACGGGACCGGAUCUGGAGCUAGUCCUGGAGCCAGAGGACCUCAGGGACCACAAGGACCCACCGGAGCACCAGGGAAGGACGGGCUGUCGGGCAGUAAAGGAGACGAUGGUGAACCAGGACCUCAGGGACCUCAGGGGCCUCAGGGGCCCGCGGGGUUCCCAGGGGAGCAGGGCGAGCUCGGCCCCAAAGGAGAUAAGGGAGAUCCAGGACUGGGAUCACCUGGACCUCCUGGGCCUCCUGGGCCUCCGGGACGAGCCACGUCUGCGGAGGGCUCAGGGUUCGACUUUGACAGUGAUGCAGAGAUUUUCAGAGACAACCGAGCAGCCACUCCCUUAACCAUCUCAGAUGAUGAUGUUCAGGACAACCGAGCAGCUACUCCCUUAACCAUCUCAGAGGACGAUCUGGAGGACAACCGAGCAGCUACUCCCUUAACCAUCUCAGAGGACGAUCUGGAGGACAACCGAGCAGCUACUCCCUUAACCAUCUCAGAUGAUGAUGUUCAGGACAACCGAGCAGCUACUCCCUUAACCAUCUCAGAUGAUGAUGUUCAGGACAACCGAGCAGCUACUCCCUUAACCAUCUCAGAUGAUGAUCUGGAGGACAACCGAACAGCUACUCCCUUAACCAUCUCAGAAGACGAUGUUCAGGACAACCGAGCAGCUACUCCCUUAACCAUCUCAGAAGACGAUGUUCAGGACAACCGAGCAGCUACUCCCUUAACCAUCUCAGAGGACGAUCUUGAGGACAACCGAACAGCUACUCCCUUAACCAUCUCAGAGGACGAUCUGGAGGACAACCGAGCAGCUACUCCCUUAACCAUCUCAGAGGACGAUCUGGAGGACAACCGAACAGCUACUCCCUUAACCAUCUCAGAUGAUGAUGUUCAGGACAACCGAGCAGCUACUCCCUUAACCAUCUCAGAUGAUGAUGUUCAGGACAACCGAGCAGCUACUCCCUUAACCAUCUCAGAUGAUGAUCUGGAGGACAACCGAACAGCUACUCCCUUAACCAUCUCAGAAGACGAUGUUCAGGACAACCGAGCAGCUACUCCCUUAACCAUCUCAGAAGACGAUGUUCAGGACAACCGAGCAGCUACUCCCUUAACCAUCUCAGAGGACGAUCUUGAGGACAACCGAGCAGCUACUCCCUUAACCAUCUCAGAGGACGAUCUUGAGGACAACCGAACAGCUACUCCCUUAACCAUCUCAGAGGACGAUCUUGAGGACAACCGAGCAGCUACUCCCACUUCCGAUGAAUAUGUGGAGCACAACAGAGCUGCUACUCCCUCUGCUAACAUGGCUAGCCCCAUAGUGUCUGCUGAUCUGCGCAGAGAGAAGUAUUGA